AUGUUUUUUUCCCUUGGUUUUUAUCGUUUACUUCGUGGCGCUAAGGAAUUUGGUCAUUUUGGAGCUGAGAUUUCUUCGACCCGAUUUUUAGCUUGCUGCGUGAAUUUGUGCUGUUGUUGUUAUUUUUUUAAAGGAAUUUAUUUAUAUUGUUUCUUUCUUUCUUUUCACCCUUUUCUUCCCUUCUUUUCAUCGUUUUCUUCCUUUCUUUUUUCUUUUCGUUUCAUCGUUUUCUUCAUUUCUUUCUUUUCAUCGUUUUCUUCAUUUCUUUCUUUUCAUCGUUUUCUUCCUUUCUUUCUUUUCAUUUCUUUCUUUUCAUCGUUUUUUUCAUUUCUUUCUUUUCAUCGUUUUCUUCAUUUCUUUCUUUUUAUCGUUUUCUUCCUUUCUUUCUUUUUAUCGUUUUCUUCCUUUCUUUCUUUUCUUUUCUUCCUUUCUUUCUCUUCCUUUUUCUUUUCAUCGUUUUCUUCCUUUUUCUUUUCUUUUCUUCCUUUCUAUCUCCUUUUCUUUCUUUUCUUCCUUUCUAUCUCCUUUUCUAUCUCCUUUUCUUUCUUUUCUUCUUUUCUAUCUCCUUUUCCUUCUUUUCUUCCUUUCUAUCUCCUUUUCUUUCUUUUCUUCCUUUCUAUCUCCUUUUCUUUCUUUUCAUCGUUUUCUUUCUUUCUUUUCAUCGUUUUCUUCCUUUCUUUCUUUUCAUCGUUUUCUUCCUUUCUUUCUUUUUAUCAUUUUCUUCCUUUCUUUCUUUUUAUCAUUUUCUUCCUUUCUUUUUUUUUAUCAUUUUCUUCCUUUCUUUCUUUUUAUCGUUUUCUUCCUUUCUUUCUUUCUUUUUCCUUUUAUCUCUUUUCUUUCUUUCUUUUCAUCGUUUUUCUUUUUUCUUUUUUUUCUUCCUUUCUUUCCUUUUCUUUCUUUUCUUCCUUUCUUUCUCUUCCUUUCUUUCUUUUCAUCGUUUUCUUCCUUUUUCUUUUCUUUUCUUCCUUUCUAUCUCCUUUUCUUUCUUUUCUUCUUUUCUAUCUCCUUUUCUUUCUUUUCUUCCUUUCUAUCUCCUUUUCUUUCUUUUCUUCCUUUCUAUCUCCUUUUCUUUCUUUUCUUCCUUUCUAUCUCCUUUUCUUUCUUUUCUUCCUUUCUAUCUCCUUUUCUUUCUUUUCUUCCUUUCUAUCUCCUUUUCUUUCUUUUCUUUUCUUUUUUCCUUUUCUUUCUUUCUUCUUUCUCCUUUUCUUUCUUUUCUUCCUUUCUAUCUCCUUUUCUUUCUUUUCAUCGUUUUCUUCCAUUUUCUUUUUAUCGUUUUCUUCGUUUCUUCCUUUUCUUCCUUUCUUCCUUUCUUCCUUUUCUUCCUUUCUUCCUUUCUUUCUUUCUUCCUUUUCUUCCUUUUCUUCGUUUUCUUCCUUUUUUUUCUUCCUUUCAUUUUAA